AUGCUGCCUGCAACAGCGAAGUCCCAUAUGGGAGCAUACGUGUCGGAGUCGCCAGCGUAUCUGUCAAUUCACGGAAACAACCGGAACAGCGAUACCGGUGCGUCUCAGGAGGAAGGAGAAGUGUUGGAAAACAGCAGUGGCAAUGAAGAGGCGCAGUGUCCCACGGCACCCCGUCUUAUUGACGACUACCCGGAGCCUCUAACCGGGAAACAACGGGAGUUGCUCCACCGGCACACCGCAACGAUGGUUCAUCGGUUUGAAAUGUUGCGCAAAGGUGCGCGCAUCAUUGAGCGGGGCUACAAUAGUCUUCAGUCCCUUCUCUCCCGAUUAGAAGAAGAAAAAACACGGCUGAGGGCAUCGCUGGAUGAGUUGGCAAAGCCGGCGGAAACACAAAUUUUGGGUACAAGUCACACCGAACCAACGGCGAACCCUACAGAAGUUAAGGCGACUCCAGGCAGUAGACGCCCAGGUGGCCUGUUGCGUUCGGCGGCGUUUGCGAACAUGCACAGCAUCCUCAACGCCGCGAAACGUGAAGAACAACAGCAGCGGUCGAAUGUCACACUAGAGAGGGAGAAGAUUGGCAAAACAACACGGCUUAAAAUUAUUGAGGACGAUCUUGCGGAGCAGAAGCAAUACCUUGCCCCUCUUGCAGAGAAGUAUCAGAAGAGUUGCGCUCUUUUAGAGGCAACAAAGGGGAAAGUCUUGGAGGUUCUGCGUCUUCACGACGAAAUGCAACGGAUGGAGGUCUCGUAUGCGUCGCGGUUCUUUUUGCGCGCAUCUGGUUUCCACGAAAGCGAAGGGGUAAAAGGAACUGCGUCCUAUGAUGUCUUUUUUGCUCCAGCAAAGUAUACCGAUGAGGUGCAGGACAUGAUCCGCGAGCAGGUGGAGGAGAUACUUAAUGAGUAUCUCGCCUAUCGCUCCCGCGUUGACCCUGUCCUGGAGUCGCUUGCUGAGGAACAGCGCAAUCGGGAGGCAAAGCGGAAAGAUCAACUCCUGCAACUUAUUGGUAUUGACACAGACAACAUUGAGGUGGCGGCAUCCAAGGAUUUGGGCUUCACAACAAAUAUGGUGACGAAAACCACAAAUGACGCGGCGCCCCCCGCGUUGAGAAGGAAAGAUGGAGCCGCUGCGGUGGCGGGUCAAAUUAGCGACGUGGAAGAUGACAACGACGAUAAUGACAUUGGGGGCGAGUCGCAGGAAAAGAAGCAGCGGGACCAGAUUCAGUCCGCGCUUGCCGCUCUUGAUGACUUUGAGGAGCUCUACUGA